AUGGAUCGCAGCCAAAUCGCGUUGGCGUUGUAUACCGGGGGCGUAUUGUAUUGCCUCUUCAGAUUCAUAUCCUAUAGAAUUAGCAGCUCCAAAAAGCAGAGAGAGUUUUCGCAGCAGCAUGGAUGCGAGCCUAUUCAGAUCAAAUACCCUCACAAGGAUCCAUUUUAUGGAAUUGAUCUACUCAUCAGUAACUUUAAGGCAUUCUCUAAGCAUCAGUUCCUAGAGACAGUGACAAAACGGCAUGAUGAAGUCGGGGAAACAUACCAGCUCAACAUGCUGGGGACAGUAGGCAUCAUGACCCGAGACCAUGAAAUCAUCAAGACGGUUCUCUCUACACGUUUCAAAGACUACAAUCUGCAAGAAGAACGGAAAAAGGCACUCCAUCCUCUUAUGGGAGCUGGAAUUUUCAGCUCAGAUGGCGCUGCUUGGGCCCAUUCCCGUGCUCUUCUUCGGCCUCAAUUCGCUCGUAAACAACUCAUGGACUUGUCCAUGCUGGAAACUCACGUCAAGCGCUUGAUGGACGUCAUAAUCGACGGGAAAGAGAUAGAACUCCAAGAACUGGUAUUGCGUUUUACUAUGGACAUGGCCACUGACUUUUUACUGGGAGAGUCUACCAAUAGCUUGCUACAGGAGCAGCAUGACUAUCACAGUAAGCUAAAGGGGUUCAAGGACUCAAUUCAAUACGCACAAGAUCGAAUCGCAACGCAUAUCGCGUUAGGUGGGCUGGCUAUUCUUAAACCAGAUCCAAAGUUCCAGCAGCAUGUAAACGUUGUACACAAGUUUGUGGAUGACCUUGUGCAUGACGCCUUGCGUGGGAACAGCUCCGACUCCAAGGCACUUCCUUAUGUUCUCUUGCGAGCCAUCAUUGAAGAUACUCAGGAUCCGAUCCAAAUUCGGAAUGAAAUCCUAAACAUCCUUGUGGCUGGCAGAGAUACCACUGCCGGCCUCAUCGCUAAUGUUUUUCUCAUGCUUUCGACACGACCAGAGUUGUGGUCAAUGCUACGGAAUGAAGUUGCGCAAUUCCAGAAUCAGCCACCGACAUUUGACAACAUAUCAGAAUGCAGGUAUAUUCGCUAUACCAUUAAUGAAAGCUUGCGGCUUUAUCCUCCUGUUCCAGUCAACUCUCGAGUGGCAAUCGUUGAUACAGUUCUUCCGCGGGGAGGAGGCCUGGAGGGAAAAUCCCCUCUAUUCAUCCCCAAGGGAACUCCGGUUGUGUACAAUGUCUUCGGCCUUCAUCGCAAACAGGAAGUGUAUGGCGCCGAUGCUGAGGAGUUUAACCCCUCGCGAUGGAAGUCGCUCCGAUUGUCGUGGGAGUUCCUCCCAUUCAAUGGCGGCCCUCGAAUAUGUAUUGGCCAACAAUUUGCUAUAAUGGAGGCUAGCUACGUGCUUAUUCGAUUUCUUCAAGAAUUUGAAACCAUCGAGUCCAGAGACUCUCGGCCGUGGCAGGAAAAUAUUGCACUAACAACAAGCAGCUUAAAUGGAGUGCGCGUAUCGUUAAAGCGUUCGGGAUAG